AUGCCACCCAGCAUAUUCCCCCCAAUCCCCUACCUAAUAUAUGGCAUCUUCGAGCCCAUCUCCCUAAUCGGCGGCUCCCUCUACCCCCACCUCGACAGCACCUCCUUCAUCCUGUCCCAAAUCCCCCACAACCCCGACACCACCGGAACCAUCACCCCGUCCUCGCUCUCCCUCGCCUACCAACUCUCCAACAUCUACUUCCUGCUGGCGCUGCUCGGCGUCGCCCUGAUCCACAGCACCUCGGAGCCCAAAGUCCUCAGAAACUAUCUGGUGUGUUUGGCGGUGGCGGAUCUCACUCAUAUCCUGGCGGCGGGGUGGUCCAUGGGGUGGGAGAGGUUUGUGGAUGUGGCGGAGUGGAAUGCGUUGACGUGGGGGAAUGUGGGUGUUACGGCGGCGCUCUUUGGGUCUAGGGUGGUGGUGCUUGGGGGUGGGUUUGGGGGUGUGGGUGGUGGUGAUGGGGAGAAGGUGAAGAGGAAGGGACAGUGA